CUCAGCCGCCAGGAGAGCUGAGAACAGUGGCCCGUGAUUUCACAAAGACCCAAAGACAGAACGCUUGGAAAACACCUGUCCUCACAGGACAUCUUUGGGCGUCUCAUGUCACCCUAACCAAGGACAGAAUGAAUUCUACGAGAAAGCUGCUGCUUCUGGCCUUGUUUGUCCUGUGCGUUGAACGCUAUUUCAGGAACUACCAAGUAGAAGAACCUGGGCUCUCAGACUGGUUUAAUCCUAGAAAACGCCCUGACGUCAUAGCGACCACGGACUGGCGUGCGCCUGUCAUAUGGGAAGGCACUUUCAAUAGACAGGCCCUGUGGAGCCGUUACAGAGAGCGGAACCUCACCGUGGGCUUGGCAGUCUUUGCUGUGGGCAGGACCGUGGACCAGUACCUGGAGCUGUUCUUACGGUCCGCAAACAAGCACUUUAUGGCGGGAUACCGGGUUGUCUUCUACGUCAUGAUGGAGGACCCAUAUGGAAUGCCAGACCUGCAGCCGGACCCUCUUCGGACGUUCCAGGUGCUGACCAUUGACAAGGACAGCAGGUGGCACAACCGCGACCUCGUGCGCAUGACGAGCUUAGGUGAGCACAUUGUCAGCCACAUCCAGGACGAGGUUGAUUUCCUGUUCAGCAUGACAGUGGAGCAGGUCUUCCAGGGCGACUUUGGCGUGGAGACCCUGGGCACCUCCGUGGCCCAGCUCCAUGCCUGGUGGUACUUCAGAGACACCGAAAAUGCUCCCUAUGAGAGGCGGCCCCGAUCUGCAGCCUGCAUCCCGUUUGGACAGGGGGACUUCUUUUAUGACGGUGAGCUUGUCGGUGGCACGCCCCUGCAGGUUUUAAACCUCAUCAAAGACUAUCUGAAAGGAGUGACACAUGACACCAAAAAUGGGCUGAACAGCACCUAUGAAAGCCACCUGAACAAGUAUUUUUUCCUGCACAAGCCCGCGCGGCUGCUGUCGCCGGAAUACAGCUGGGACGCCGCGUUCCUCCCGCCCCGGCAGGUUCGGUCAGUCAAGGUGCUGCGGCGCACAAGGGGGGCGCUGUAA